CUGCGGCAGCGGCCGGGCCGGGGCCGAGGCGGGCGGGGCGGCGGCGGCGGCGGCACCAUGUCGGAGGCGGCGGUGGCCGACACCCGGCGCCUGAACGCCAAGCCGCAGGACCUGACGGACGCGUACGGGCCGCCCAGCAACUUCCUCGAGAUCGACAUCUUCAACCCGCAGACCGUGGGCAUGGGCCGCGCCAGAUACACCAGCUACGAGCUCCGCAUGAGGACAAACCUCCCGAUCUUCAAAUUGAAGGAGUCAUGUGUGAGGAGACGAUACAGUGACUUUGAAUGGCUGAAGAAUGAGCUGGAGCGAGACAGUAAGAUUGUAGUGCCACCGCUGCCUGGAAAAGCUUUGAAACGACAGCUUCCCUUCCGAGGAGACGAAGGCAUCUUUGAGGAGUCCUUCAUUGAGGAGCGGAGACAGGGCCUAGAACAGUUUAUUAACAAAAUUGCUGGACACCCACUGGCACAGAACGAGCGCUGCUUACAUAUGUUCCUGCAAGAGGAGACUAUUGAUAGGAAUUACGUCCCAGGGAAAGUGCGCCAGUAGGAGCACCUGGCACUGUCUUCCUCCAUUCCACCCUCCCUCCUGCAAAAAUGACAUUUAUUUUUACACUAAAUCUGUCUUCUCUGAACCAGC